AUGCAGAAUAGAAUGCAAAUGAAGAAGAUUGAGCGAGAAAAGUGCCCAGACUGUAAGAAAGAGGAGAAUAUUAUAGAGGAUUACAAGAAUGGGUAUAAUGUCUGCGGCUCUUGCGGCUGCAUUGUGGGCAGUCGAAUCAUAGACGAGCGGGGCGAGUGGAGGACCUUUAGUGACUCUGGAGAGAAUCCAAGCCGAGUAGGUGGGCCAAAUAACCCAUUCUUGGACACAGAGCAGCUGGAUACUCUGAUUUCUUCUGGCUCAGGCUUGGCUUCGUACAGUCUUGCAAAAACCCAGAUGAAAAGCAGUCUGCGCGGUCCAGAGCGAGCACUAAUUAAUGGGCUUAACCUUAUAACCGCAUUUUGUGAAAGAAAAAACCUUUCUAAAACCAUAUCAGAUGCUGCCAAGUAUGUAUUUAAAACCGUUGAGAACAAAAAAGUGCUAAAGGGGAAAAACUUGGAGGGAAUUGCAGCUGCUUGCAUAUACAUUGCUUGCCGACAAGCAGGAUUUGUGCGAACAUUCAAGGAGGUAAGUAUACUAACAGCAGUGCCAAAGAAAGAGAUAGGAAGGUGUUACAAGGCAAUAUUCCCCCACAUAGACAAGCUGGCUGUUGUCUCCACUGAGGACAUUGUGGCUCGUUUCUGUUCAGACUUAACAUUGAGCAUUGACAUACAAAAAGUGGCACUAACAAUCAGUCAGAGAGCACAGGCCAUUGGAUGCAUAGCAGGAAAGUCACCCGACUCAAUUGCUGCAGCAAUUAUAUACUUGAUAACAUACUUGUUCCCCACCCAAAAGAAAAUACAGAAAAAUAUCCAAAUAGUAACAAACGUAACUGACGUAACCAUUAAAAAUACGUAUAAAGAGCUUCUGCCUUAUAGAUACGAACUAGUGCCAGAAGGCAUUGUUCCCCGGCAUAUUUUGGACUCACUUCCAAACUCAUGAAUAAACACAAGAAGACGCUGUAGGAUCAUGCACGAAUAAUUUAUUUCUUCUUUGACACUCCAACAGUCUUUCCUCUUCUUCCGUUAGACUUGGUUCUUUGUCCAUUGACUUUCAGAC